AUGGCGGAGAACGUGGAGAAGUACUCGGUUCUAAUUGACUUGACGGCCGGCACAGUCGGUGGCAUCGCUGGUGUCGUCGUGGGACAGCCGUUCGAUACGGUCAAAGUGCGGCUGCAGUCGUACAGCAAGUACUACAAUGGUGCCUUCGACUGCGCUCGUCAGACUUGGAAGCAUGAGGGCUUUUCAGGCUUCUUCAAGGGCAUGACGUCACCCAUGGUCGGUAGUGCGGCGACGAAUGCUGUCAUGUUUGCAGUCUAUGAACGCACGCUGAAGAUGAUCGACGAUAAUCCGGAGAACGCGACACUCAAGUCUGUUUUCUAUGCUGGAGCUGUCGGAGGCUUCUGGCAGACGAUUCCACUGGCCCCUGCAGAGCUCAUCAAAUGCAGACUUCAGGUGCAGGAUGGACGCAGAAGUAGCCAGUACCAAGGACCGAUGGACUGCAUCCGGCAUAUUAUUAAGGCCCGGGGUACGCCCGGACUUUUCCUAGGCAUCACGUGCACAAUGUGGCGCGAGGUGCCGUCGUUCGCCGUCUACUUUUGGCUCUACGAAUACACCAAGCGCAGGAUGAUCGACAGCAAUAUCAACUCGACCACUUCCAUGCUGACAGCGGGUGGCGUUGCUGGUGUUGCUUCCUGGGUUGUUUCCUAUCCUUUUGAUGUGAUAAAGACUGCGAUCCAGACGCUUCCAGUCAACCACAAACCAGGAGAGCACAAAAUUACAUACCAAGCUCGUCAACUCUAUCGUCUCGGCGGUUGGCGAGUCUUCUUUAGUGGCCUGGGCACUGCUUGUGUGCGAGCAUUCCCCAGUAACGCGGUGACUUUCUUCGCUUAUGAGAAAUCCUCCGAGCUGCUCAAGGACGUGGUUCGAGACUGA